UGCGGCAGCCGCGGCUGCGUCUGCGCGGAGCCGAGCGCGCUCUGUGGCGCGGUCCGCAGUGGAGGCGGCGCAAACGGCCAGGGGGCGGCGGAUGGCUCUGCGGGGCCUGGCAGGCUCGGGGCCCGGCUCCCGCGGGCCGUUGGAUGAGGCGGGGGCAGCGGACGAGGAACGCGAGGCGCCGGCCUUGCUGGCGGCGGGAGACGCGCCAGAGGACGUUGAAGAGGACGAGGGCCGCAGCCGGGGCCUGCUGCGCUGGGACGGCUUCUCAGCCUGGCUGCAUUGCGUGUGUGUGGUGGGCUUCGACCUGGAGCUGGGCCAAGCCGUGGAGGUAAUUUAUCCUCAACAUUCCAAACUUACUGAUAAAGAAAAAACCAAUAUUUGCUAUUUGUCUUUUCCAGAUUCAAAUUCAGGUUGUCUUGGAGAUACCCAGUUUUGUUUUAGAUUUCGACAGUCUUCUGGGAGGAGGGUGUCACUGCAUUGUCUCCUGGAUCAAUUUGAGAAAGAUUUACCAGUUUACUUAAAGAAAGAUCCUGCCUAUUUUUAUGGAUAUGUGUAUUUUCGACAAGUUCGAGACAAAACUCUAAAAAGAGGCUACUUUCAGAAGUCCUUGGUUUUGAUCAGCAAACUACCUUAUAUUCAUUUUUUUCACACUGUGCUCAAACAGAUAGCACCAGAGUAUUUUGAAAAGAAUGAACCUUAUUUGGAAGCAGCUUGUAAUGAUGUUGAUCGAUGGCCUGCACCAAUGCCAGGGAAAACAUUACAUCUGCCUAUUAUGGGGAUAGUAAUGAAGGUACGGAUUCCCACAUGUCAUGACAAGCCUGGGACAACUCAAAUAGCACAGUUAACUCAGCAGGGAGACACACAUAUAUCUGUUAUUUUACCUACUGUUCAUGAGGUGGAUCUUUUCAGGUGUUUCUGCCCAGUUUUCCUUCAUAGUCAGAUGCUUUGGGAGCUGGUGCUGUUGGGUGAGCCCCUCGUGGUCAUGGCACCGUCACCAUCAGAGUCGUCAGAGACUGUAUUGGCACUUGUUAACUGUAUUUCUCCAUUAAAGUACUUCAGUGAUUUCCGACCUUAUUUCACUAUUCAUGAUAGUGAAUUCAAAGAAUAUACCACCCGUACUCAAGCCCCGCCCUCAGUCAUAUUAGGAGUAACCAACCCUUUUUUUGCAAAAACACUCCAGCACUGGCCACACAUUAUUCGGAUAGGAGACCUUAAACCUGCAGGUGAAAUUCCUAAGCAGGUUAAAGUGAAAAAAUUGAAGAACCUAAAGACUCUGGAUUCUAAACCUGGAGUUUAUACUUCUUAUAAGCCAUAUCUGAAUAAAGAUGAAGAAAUCAUGAAACAAUUGCAGAAGGGUGUACAACAGAAGCGUCCUUCUGAGGCUCAAAGCGUUAUUCUCCGACGUUAUUUUUUGGAACUGACACAAAGCUUCAUCAUUCCAUUAGAAAGAUAUGUGGCAAGCUUGAUGCCUUUUCAGAGAAGCAUUUCUCCAUGGAAGAGUCCACCCCAAUUAAGACAGUUCCUUCCAGAAGAAUUUAUGAAAACACUUGAGAAAACAGGACCUCAGCUGACCUCUAGAAUAAAAGGCGAUUGGAUUGGACUUUACCGGCAUUUUCUAAAAUCUCCAAAUUUUGAUGGUUGGUUCAAGACCCGGAGGAAGGAAAUGACCCAGAAACUGGAGGCACUCCACCUGGAAGCUCUUUGUGAAGAGGACUUACUUCACUGGACCCAGAAACACACAGAAGUAGAAACAGUAGACCUUGUAUUGAAGCUAAAAAACAAGCUGUUGCAGGCUGAUCGAGAGCAUUUACCUGUGAAACCUGACACUAUGGAAAAGUUACGGACACACAUAGAUGCAAUUAUUUUAGCAUUGCCAGAGGACCUACAAGGCAUACUGCUCAAAACGGGCAUGACAUGAUAUUUGCCAGGAUUUUCCAGCCAAAAGGAUUGUACACCAUGAAGCAUACUGACACUUCAACCAGACGCCCAAGAUCUCUCGGAGCGGAAAAUAGCCGUGAAUGCUAGCUACAGGGUUGAAAGAUUAUACUGUAUAAACAGACCUUUUUAGUGCAUUAGUUUUAAAAAAAUGGAUAUCUGUGUUGGUUCCACUUUAAUACUGAAACACCGAAAGGCAUUUCUAUAUUUUUAAUCAUGUUCUAAAGUGCUCUUAUGAGAGACCUGUGGGGCCAUCAGUUUAAGUGAUUCCAAACUGCAGUGCUGGCAUUGCAGAUAUUUUUUUAAAUUGGUGCUUCUCUGCCCAAUCAUGAUAAAACUCAGGGGGAUAUAAAAAUGACAUUCACACUGGCUAUCUUCUUAAGAAGAAGGAAAAGACUGAACUGUCAGACUUAUAGUUAGGAGUGAUUAAUGCUUUUGUAGUGCCUUCUGUUGUCCUGCGUGUUUCACAAAGCCCAGCUGCUAGUCUUGAAGCUUUUUCUUAACUUGAUUAUGAUAUGUAGUUUUUUAUAAGGCAUUCUUUUGAGUAAUCAUUGCUUAAAAAUAUGUUUUUUGCCUCCCAUUGUGCUCAUUAUUAGUGGCAUUGGUGUUUUUUUUUCAAUUGUCAUAUAGGUUUCAUUUCAUUAUUUUCUAUAUCAGUUUCAAAUUUAAUUUCAGUUUCACCAAAGGGAAGAAGACAUCUAGUAUUAAUUAUGGAAGAGUUUAUAUCCUCUUUGCUAAUUGGGCCCAAGUUAAUUAGCUUUUCUGAUUUUCAAAGGCAUUCUAAUUAUAAACCUCAUAAU